AGAUAAGAAUGAAUAGUAAAGCUUAUGAACUCCAGCAUCAAGUGUUUCCAUAUCAAUGCCAAAGUACGAGCAUCAGAUAAAAUGGUCAAAGAGGAUCAACGACGACACCGUCGGCGAUGCUGGCUUCUCUGCUUAAUAGAAGAGCUUCGAAAUAUCGAAAGACAAGUGUAUGAUAUGGAAACAAGUUAUUUACAGGAUCCCAGCCAAUGCGGCCACGUUUUGAAAAGUUUUGAGGGAUUCCUCUCUUCACCCAAGAACACUGCGCUCUUGAAGAGGUCCAGGAAGUUCCAGCUUGAAGAUAGGCUAUUUUCGCUGUCUUCUGCCAUUUCACCUGCGGCUGAAGAGGUUGCCGUGCGAGCCUGUAGCAUGCAGGGUGUAUCAACAAAUUUCCUUUUUAAUGUUUUGUUGUUUGUUGUUACUUUGUGUUUGGCAGAUGGGAAAUCGUACUGCUGCGGCGCAGGUCGGUCUAAGGGUGGAGGUUACUUUGCCAAUGGGCAAGGAAAGCCAAAGAAGGGAAGAACUAGAGAAGCCAAGAGACAGAGACACUCUAGUGAACCAGAUUUCGAUGAUGAUGAUCCUGAUGUCACAUUUUGAAACGAAUUUCGACCUGAUGAAUUACUUCUCGGCCUCCCCACAAGCUUUAAUGCCCGGUUUGUCGUCGGAAGAUAUUAUUUUGUAGAUUUUGAACUUUACUUUUUCAAGAUGAUCAAACUGAA